CUCCCCAGCUUUCUUUCACCUGCUCCAGCAAGCAUGCUCACCAUAACUGCUACACAUGCUCCGUUCUCCGUACCUUAUGCUUUACCGAGUGGCAACCCUGUUUCACAUUUCCGAGUCCCUUUUUCCGGUUCCGACAGCCCAAUCUCGUUCAUUGAUUUCACGAUUGUGGAGUGAAUGAUGUUUUGUUUCUUAAAACAGCAACAUCAUCGCUCUUUCGCUCAUCGCUGCCCAUGUCACAAAGAAUCGCCUCCUUUGCGAGUACGAUCCUGCGUACCAUCCACGAUCCACCAGUCCACCAGUCCACCAGCCCGCCCACCAGCCCAUUCCUCUCUUGCCAACACAACCAGCAGACCGGCCGGCCUUCCCUUCGUCGUCUGGUCUGUGCUGUUCUGUUUGUCUUUGGCUUUGCCGUUUUGUCUUUCUUGGCUCCAGGUACGUAAGGCACUUCGACACCCUUUCCGAGGACAGUCUGAGACAGACCUCACCACCUCAGAGUGCUCAGUUCCACGACGAUCAUAUGGAUCGAGAAUGGGAAGAUCCAACACAGAGGGAUCAGUAAUUAGUGGAACGUACGACGACCAUCCCAUGACUCCAGUAUUCUAAAACCUCCUUCGUCAUUAUCUUUACUGUAUCACUACGGCUCCAGACUCGCUUACACUUACACCCAAUGUGCCUCAAACUUCAUUCACGGGUAUCCGUGCUCCCUUUCCCAUUCCCCUGGGACACAGAAACAAAAGAUGGGUCCGUUUCACUCAGCCUCGAAGGUCUCUCCCCUCCGCAGUCUACGUACGGAUGAUUCCGUCCCAGUUUACCAAGCACUACACGUACAUAAUAGCAGAA